GACUGGUGCAUGGUCGUCGGCCAGAUCGCCCAGGCAGCGAUCCUCGGGGCGGCGAACAUCGGCGGAGCCUGGCUGGGUCGCUGCCCCCCUUGCCCGCAGGCGCCGGGGUGCCCGGCGCCUGCACUAAGCUGCCCACCGGUCUCGCUCACCUGCCCGGCGCCCCCGGCGCCGCCGGCGCUGACUUGCCCGCAGGUGACCUGCUCGGCUCCCGCGUGCCCGCCGUGUGAGGCGCCGGCACGCGAGGAGGUGGCGCCGUGCCCCUCGCCGGCCCGCGACGACGCGGGCGCCGACGGCCACCUGGCCGCUUGCCUGCCGCUGUGGGCCGUGGUGCUGAUCGGCGCGGACAGCAUGUUGGCCGUGGUGUCAUCGUCCGACCUGGUGCCGGGGGACGUGAUUCUAGUCCGCUACGCCGCGGACGAUCUCUGGCAUGAACGAGUGCUGAGCUGGGCGCUGCCCGUCGACAAGAAUGGGGCUGUGCAUUGGGUGGUGGCAACACCCGACGGAGACAUGUAUGUGGAGACGAUCGAGGGGGGAAGCGCCGAGGACAGCCCGGUGGAGUGGAUCCGCCCGGCGGCUGACGGACGCCUCCCUGUUGGCUUCCAGGACGCCGUGUACUCCUUCCAGCGAGGCGAGAUCGACGGGGCCCUCCUAGAGAAGUGCGUGAAGAAGGGUGCCACCAUGGCGUUGAGGGACGCUCGGGAGCAUGGCAUGACCCCUGUCACCAUGACCGUUGCCCGGGCCCCGGGCGGCCGCAGGGUGCCGAUCGAGGAGGUCGUAGGUGCGGGGUUCGUGCAGCUGGCGCUCCGAGACGCUGCGCCUGAGGGCGCGGAUACGGGAGGAGCCAUCGUGGCAGGGACUGCUACGCCGAGGACCGGCGUGUGGCGCGUGGUGGAGGAAGGCAACUCGUUGGGCUACGACGUGGGCUGUGAGGUGAAUCCCGUGACGGUGUACAUCGGAUGCAAGGGCGUCUACUCGCCCGACGGCAAGGACUCAGUGUUCGUGGAGUUCAGUGACGAGGACGAGGGCGAUUUCGUCAAGAGGGUAGCCCCGCGACCCCCGCCCAAGGAGUCCGCGGCGCAGGACGCACGCACGCUGGCCAUCAAGUUCAACCCACAGGGCCGCAUGCGAGACUGGCGUGAUGUGGUGGACAGCUGUCAACAGGAGGAGUUCGAGGACUUCCCUGUGAGCGGGCCCCGCAGCAUGAGCUGGUGCCUACACUUCUUACGUCGUCGGCACACCCCCUUGGACCAUCAUCUGAUGUUCCGCAGCACGUGCUCGCUGAAGCCCGAGCAGUGGGGGGUGGCUGAGCACGAGACUUUGCUUCGCAUCAUCGAGCUUGCGGGGCAGUACGACCAGUUGGAUGUGACGAACCUGGCGUGCAUGGAGGCGGCGGCGCGCAGGGUGCAGACCAUCGAGUGGGCCUACCAUGAUAAGAUCAGGGAGACGGAUGCAGGGUCCACCUCGCGGCUAUCCAUCGAGGAGGCCACGGCUUUCUCAGGCCUCAGCCGCGCGGGGGACUUGAUGAUGGUGGCGCCCGCUCUCCUAGAGCACGUGAAGUUGCAAGUGGAGAAGGACGCAGCCAUCAUGAAGAACAUCAGGAAGGCCAAGGAGGAGAGGGAGCUGAGGAGGAAGGACAACAACAAGGGCAACAACAAGGAGAAGGGGCGUCGCAUCCUGAGGCGCCAGGCCGUCGCCAGCCUGGCCAACCAAGCGAUCUACACUCUCAACGACUUGGCGGGCAGCGAGCGGGGGUCUUCCGUCUCGCAGCCUGGCGAGGGGCGGGCCCCGCACGGGGCUGUGCAGCGGCGUGUAUAUGCGGCCGCCGCGGCGAUGGGCCCGCCACCAGCUCUCUCGCCCUCGGGAGCCCUGCAGGAGCUCCGGGGGUGCACGGUGUACGAGGACGUGCAGUCCACCGUGGUGCCCUACGACGAUAUCAAGGCCUCCCUGCCGAUGAGCGGUAAUCGCCCCGUUCCCCUGGCAGAACUUUUUGGGGCCGGUGGUCAAGCUGAAGUCGACGGGUUUCUUGACUCUCAUCUUCUCGAACCAGAAGCAGCCUCCCACAACCUCAAGGCGGCCCCUCGGGAGACGUACAUGGACGAGGUGCUUCGGAACUCUCCGCACGCAUACCAGCGGCUGGUCAAGAGGCUCGAGAGGGCCGGGAUGAUUGACUACACCGUCCAGCCGCAGGAGUUUUGUUCGCUCUUUUUCGUGAGAAAGAAAAAUGGUAGCCAGCGGUUGGUCGUCGACUGCCGUCGCUCCAAUUGUUGGUUCUCGGCCGCGGACCCCGUCCAGCUCAGCACGGGCGCCGGCCUCGGGAACCUAGAGGUGCCGGACGGGGCGCGGCUGUACGUGGGCCACGUGGAUAUCAAGGAUGCCUUCUACCACUUCGAGCUGCCGGAGCGCGUGCGCAACUUGUUCGCGCUGCCGGCGGUGCCGGCCUGGGUGGCUGGCCUUGCUGAGGUGGGCGGCGUGAGAGUGAGCCCGGGUACUUCAGUGUUCCCGCGGCUUCGAGUGCUACCGCCUGCGACCACCCCUGCGUGCCACACUGUCUACGUUGAUAAUUUUUUGGCGCUGGGUACCUGCCGAUCGACGGUCGAGCGGCUGGUGCGCCAGGUCGAUGAAGCUCUGCAGUCCCGGGGCCUUCCAACACACGAGGUAGCCACGAGCUCACUGGAGGAGGAGGUUCUUGGGUGGGAGAUCAAUGGAAGACUGGGCUUCAUUCGACCUCGACCAGAACGUGAGUGGCGCAUACGUUUAGCGCUGGACGGCUUGCUAGAAACGCAGAAGGUGUCCGCCCGCGACAUCGAGAAAGUGGUGGGACACUGCACCUUUCUAGCCCUCCUCUCUCGGACCUCGCUCUCCAUCUUCCGGUCCGUCUACACCUUCAUCGCUCGUCAUCGUGAUCACGGUACCGUACCGCUCUGGGAGUCUGUUCGCUGGGAACUCGAGGCCUUCAGGAACGUCAUUCCUCUGAUUCGUCGAGAUUUUGGGGCUCCGUGGAGUUCAAAGGUUAUGGCAUCAGACGCUUCCUUCUGGGGCUACGGCGUCGUCUCACGGGACCUCCCUCCGGACAUUGUUCAACAACUAGGGCGUGUCAGUGAGCGAUGGCGGUUCUCGGGUAAGGCUCAGGUCAGGUCUCGUGAAGGGGUUCUGGGGCCCGACGGGGAGCUCGACACCGGCGACUGGGUGAAGCAGAUGGAGGAGGACAGUCAGGAGAGAGAGGACGCCCUUUCGGAUCUACCGGAGAUCUUGAAGGAGAGGGGGUGGGCGGUGCUGAUGGGCAAGAAAUGGGAGGUCCCCAUCUCCAACAUCGUUCAGGGAGAG